AUGCUGAGGUGUAUAGAAUUGGCUUGUGAUGGUGCAUUGCUUCGAGAUAACUGCCAGUGGCAUCUCGAACAAAAACCAGAUAAUUCCUAUCCUGAAGCCAUUCUUGAACUUGUAGCAACAGGAUCCAUCCCUAAAUUUAAAAAUCAUUUUGAUCAAGUAUUAAAUUAUGCCAACCAGCUUUGCCCCCAGGAAGUUUGGAUUGUGCAUUUUUCUAGAGAGAAUUCUGCUGCAUCUGGUCUAUACUGGCCAUGUAAAAAGCUUCAGGAUAGAAAAUUAAAU